GGGGUGGGGCCGUGUUGCUACGGCAGCGGCAGCCGGGGCCGGAGCGCGCCAUGGAGGAGCUGGAAGAAAAUGAUGAUAUACUGCCAGCUGGAGAUCUGUUACCAUGCAAGAUUUGUGGAAGGACAUUCUUUCCAGCAGCACUGAAAAAGCAUACACCCAUUUGCCAAAAAACUGCUAGUAAGAGAAGGAAGACAUUUGAUUCCAGCAGACAGAGAGCAGAAGGAACUGAUAUUUCCACAGUAAAACCUCUAAAGCCACGGCCAGAACCCCCCAAAAAACAGUCCAAUUGGAGACGAAAGCAUGAGGAGUUUAUAGCAACUAUACGAGCAGCCAAAGGACUAGAUCAAACUCUCAAAGAGGGUGGAAAACUUCCUCCCCCUCCUCCACCUUCAUAUGAUCCAGAUUACAUUCAAUGCCCAUAUUGCCAGAGAAGAUUUAAUGAAAAUGCAGCUGACAGGCACAUCAAUUUCUGCAAGGAACAGGCAGCACGUAUUAGUAAUAAAGGAAAAUUGUCUGCUGAUGCAAAAGGGAAGCUGCCUGCUCGAACACAGUACAAGCCUGCUACAGUUAAAAAGGCACCUUCUGCAGGAUCAACACCAUCCUCAUCACGCUUACCACAGCCAACUAAUGUUAGCAAAACUGUUGUAGGUACACCUACGAGUAAAGUGUUAUCUACAGGUGGGCCUUCUGGAAGCAAAAUUCAGACCUUAUCUCCAGCUCAUAAAAAUUCAGUGAGCAUGACAAGCCCACAAGCAGGUAAGACGGACAAGUUAGGCCCACCACUGCGAACUGGAAGAGAUGUGCAAAGGUUGUAUGACAGUGAUACAAAAACAGACAAUACCAUCAAAAGACCAAAUGAGUUGUUGCCCAUUAACAAAGGCACUGUGAAAACUCGAAUAUCAACCCCUCCAAGUAUGGCAAAAAACAUGGGCACAGCUGCUCUAGCAAACAAAAGGAAAAUCUAUAAUGCAGAAAGUUACUCAAGCAGGUCUGAUGGUAAAAUUGGGUAUGAUAGUGGAGACUACUCAUCCUCAGUGAAUGGAGGAAGUACAAAAAGCAGUGAUGAAAAUUCACCUGUACAGUUAUCAAAAUUUUGCCAUGAAUGUGGAACCAGGUACCCGGUGGAAUGGGCAAAGUUCUGCUGUGAAUGUGGAAUUCGAAGAAUGGUUGUGUGAAUGCAUUCUUGAAAGCAAGCAAACAAAAAACAAAAAAAUCCAGAGCUUCAGUUGCAUAUUGCAGCACCUGGAGCACUCCUUCCUGUUAGAUUUCAUGCUGCAAACAUGCUUGAAAUACCAUGUUGUAGUAAUUUACUGAGUGCAAUCCUUUUGGUUACAUAGUUAUUUAUAUAUAAAUAUAUAUACUGUAUAUAAAAAUAACAGGUACCUAAAACUGUGCCAUUCAAGGAUACUCUAAUCUCUGUUGGAAAAUGUUUUAAACUAAGUAGAAAUGUGUUUGGUAACUUAGCAAAUAGAAAUGGCUCUUUUUGUAGAACCUUGGUAUGUAAUAUAUUCUAGCUAUGAAACAUUUGGGUUAAAAAAUGUUUCUGAGAAGGAAUCAGAUAUACUUAUGGGACACUAACUAAGAAACUGUCUUUUAAGGAAGUAUGAAAACUGCAUGAGCAGCUCCUAUAACUUUCUAAUUAAAAUAGUUAAAGAUUGUCUUUGGUUAAAGAGAUUAAAGCAUACUAUUCCAAAGAGCUUCCAUGGUUAUUUUCUGGGACUGCUUCUAAAAUAUUUGUUAAAGCAAAUGGACUGAAGUCCUGUGUGAAAGUAUUGUUCACCUAUGUAAAGAGUAAUAGAAUUUGAAUAAGAACCAAUGAAGGUUAUUACAUAUUUAUAGCCAGCAGUAUGGGACCAGGCAUUUUUUAAAAAAAGCCAUGUUUUCCAUAAUGAUGUACUUUCCUUUUCACAACUGUGCACACGAGUCUUAUCCAACAGCUCCCAUCUCUCCUUCCAGAGAUGUCUGCAAGUUCCUGCUCCCUUCACUUCCUUCCUCUUUCUCCAGAAGGAAAGACAAAAUAAUUUACUCAAAAAAAUUUUUAAACAGUUUCUUGGAUAUGUAUUGAGAUUUUCCAGUGGAUGGCUUUAAUGGAUGAUUAUCAUAGAUGAUGAAAAUAAUUUGUACAUCAAUUUUUUAAACUGUCCUUAUAAUGUGUCUGACGUGAUGAGGUCCGUAUAGUUAUUUGAAACUGGUACUGUACGUUUUGAUAGGAGUCAUCACUUCCUUUAUUCUUAUCCCCGUGCAAUAGGCAAAGCAAUAUGUUUUAUGGAGCAAUUAUGCUUCAUGGGAUAGUAUGUGAAUAUUUAAUUAUUCUGUCUGCAAUUACUACAUUUUCUUGGGAUGGGUACUGCAGCCAUUGAAGUCAAUAGCAAAACUCACAUUGACUUCCAGGGGAGCAGGAUCAGACACCUUAGCUGUUUAACUUUUGUAAUAUGAUAACCAGAAGGACAGUUUAAAUAACCAGGCAAAAGCUGAGUUUCUUAGUUUGUGUCUGAAUUUAAAUGUUUCUGUUAUGUGACGUUUGCUUUGAAGUAUUUUAAACUAUCUAAGGAAGGAAUCUAAUUGUGCCUUUCCCAAAUUAACUGUGCUGUCUUGUCCAGAAUUGUUACUUUUAAUUCAUUGCUGCCACUAGUAUAGCAUGUGUAUGAUUUAUGUUAGUGGUAUAUUGAAGCUUUUUGCCACGUAUGGUAUGACAUUGCAAUAUUUUCAAUUAAUGUAAUCCAAAAGCACUAUUCAUAUUUUUGGAAAAUACAGAUAAUGGGACCAAUUACACACAAAAUGUAGUUGAUAUCCAUUUUGUGGAUACCCUUCUCUGAUUUUUGUGGAUAUCUUUAGGGACUUGAUGCUGUCAUUUUGUGGGCCCUAAAUUAUUAUUGUUAUUUUAGGAUGACCAAGUUCAGUGGUACAGAAUUGUUUUGUAAUCUUUCUGAGAAAUUAGGUGCUUCUAGGAAUUGUCCCUUUACCUGGUGUAUUGACAUCGUUUCUAAUUCUACAAUAUGGCCACUGAGCUGUCCGUGUUUAGUGUGCAAGAGUGGAUAACUAUUAAAUGUGAUGUUGUAUAAUAGGUAGACUUGAUGGACUUUAACUGAAUUUGGGUGCUAGAAAUCAAGGUGUAUAGAAUGGCCUUUUGGCAGUUUCAUAUAUACACAUGGGAAUUACGAUUCUGCAUCCCUUGUGGACAUAAACCCCAAGGGAAAAUCUGCUCCAGAAUCACAUUAGGGUGUCCAUUGUCCUGUGGGCCUUCUACUGUAGUAUGAAAUGCCCAAGGGAUGUAAGAAUGAGCCAAAUAUGGGUUCAGCCGAGGGACGUUGAAGGUUCAUAGGCCCAAUAUCUGAUCUAUUUAGUUUCUGUUCUUAUAUCUGUUGGCAAAUUAAAUGUUAUCCGUUUUAAAAAAAAAAUAAACAAAUGGUAGCAGCCCAGGACUCAUCAUGAGCAAACCUGUAAUAACAGCAAUAUGUGCGUAAAAUAUAAAGGGAAAGUUUAGUAAGGAAACAGAAUAGUUUCAAGCUUACAAGGAUUUUAUUGUGAAUAAUGAGAGGAGUGAAGGAAUUAUCUACAGAAUUAUGAAAGUCUGUCCUUUGAAACCAUAAAUGCCAGGUUUCCCAAUUCAAUGCAUACAAUAUGUGGAUUUAUAUUCACUGCUCUUUGAGCUGUUGUGUAAUGCAGUGCUUCAAAGUCAGGUUUUAGAAAAAUAGAGUUAUGCACCAUUUAUUUUCUUUUAAUUGAAAUUUUGUGUGUAUUAUUUUAAAGUUUAAUUCAGCAUUACAACUAAGUAAAUUUAAACCUAGAUUAUUGACAAAAUGUAACAUUUAAUAAUAUGCACGUUUGAAUCUUCUAUAAUAAAGACAUGAAAACACUAACAUAAAAUUUGAUUAUCCAGUUUGUUACUGCUUACUGAGGCUAUAUUCAGUAUGUUCAGGUUUGUUUAUCAAAAUGUUUUUAUUAUCUAAUGUAUCUAGUGCUAUCUAGGGUGGACUGCAUUGCACACUAUAACUGCACAGACUACUGCCUUUCUAUCCAAAUGUAUGUUAGCAAACAAAAACGGAACGGUUUUCAUAAUACUUAUUGCAGAUGCUGUUUAAAUGGAAUAUGAAACACAUAAGGAGCCUAAUUAAGUAUCAUACAAAAAGCAAGAAAUAAGCAUGUUGAUUGAAGGAAGAUUAGUGAAGAACUUGAAAGCUCAGUGUACAUCUCUCCAAGGCUAUGUAUGAACAUAUGUUCUGUGUGAACUCUUCAAAAGUUAUUAUCCAAAAUUAAAUUAAUAAAUCUAAACUAAUCAUUUUUAAUUAAAAUGGGCAGAACACUAGAGGAGGAUUAUAAACCCCAAAACUGAUGAAUAACAACAUGCACUAACUGCACAUUUUAAAAAUCUCUGAAUAAGUUUGUUGGUGUAAUUACAUGGUUACAGCAUUACUUUCGCUUCCAGGACCUUGACAACUUUUACUAUCCACCAUAUAUAUUGCGCUAUUAGUUCUCUUGCAAAGAUUCUCUCAUUCUGCAGGAGAGAGUCAGUGGAGGGUUCUUGCAUGAAGAGCCAGCUCUGAGGUGAAGGUUAAUGGUAGGUUCCACAGUUACCAACUUUCACAUGGUAAAUAAGCACCCUGACUUUCUCAGUAAGCCUACAAUCAAGCUAAUCCCAUUUCAGAACAGGGCCAAAACAAGCCAGUCCCUAAGAAACCCAACACUCUAUGUGACUAGAUCUCCCCCAGCCUGCAGUCUAGGAUUGUGGUGGGCCCACUGUGCACCUCUGAUUCUCUCCCCCCUUCACACCUGCUUGCCCCCCCCUUGCCCCUGCUUGGCGGGAGCUGAUCAAGAAAAAGAAGCAAUAAGCUACAACAAGCCAAAAACUAGCCAACAAGCAAUUCACAAGCCAAUGAAGCCAAAAACAAGCCCAAUUUCUGUUUUUUUUUUCCGCGGGUUUAGCCUGCGAGCUAUCUUCCCUGUCCUGAAGGUGUUGAGUGCUGCUCUUUUUAGGAUUUAGACCACCAGCACCUAGAACUAGGGCCAUGAAAAACAUUUCUGUGCCCGAGAAAGCAGACACCGGACUUAGUGUCUUGCCUUCCCCUCUGCCUCUCCAUUCCCCGUUUCCUUUUAUGUUAUCACUCUCCCUCAUUCUAUCUCACGUUUUUCAUUAAAAAUUGAACUUUUAGGCAGAGCUUUUUAAAGGGAUUUGGACUUCCCAUUACAUUUCCCUUGGUGGAUUUGAAAAUCUCAAUCUUUAAGGUUUGUUGCCCAGUAAUGAGACCUAGCUUGAUGUUAGGAGCUCUCCAUGGUGCUCUGGCACGGAAUCUGCUCCUACAAUGCAUCUAAUUAUCAGUCUUUCAUUGCACAUGGUACAGCGAGUGAGGGAAACAGAGUGCCGACUGCAAAGUGCAUUUCAGCAAUAGCCCCAAUGAUAGAACAUCAUGGAGUGUGUCUGUUCCUGAGAGGAAGUGGCUCAGUGUUGUGAUGGUGUAGUGGUGGUGGGCAGGGAGGAAUAGAUAAAAACUAUUUUUCCCGAUGGAGAUAGCAGAACAGUAUCUCUUUGCUGUAGCUUAAAUGUUGUGUGCUGGCAUCCCAAAUGACUAGUCUACUGAACAUGAAAUCAAAUAAUAUUGUCUGAAUGCUAUAAAAAUCCCCUAGAAACAUUAGUUAUCAGUCACAUUUAUUCCUCAUACAGUACAGAAUCAAACACUCCUAGAAGAAGCUUUCUGAAAUCGUUACUGGAAAAAUUGUGUUCCUAGAAAAGGGGCUAUUUUACUACUUAAUUUUAUUGUUUUAGCUAAGCAGUGAAACUUAAAUGGGAACAAGGUUUUGUGCUUGCAACUGUGUGUCAAACACUGAAAAUAAAUUUAUAAUAAAUUUAUUUGCUUGCCCAAAAAAAUAUUACUCAUUCGGGGCGAGUGAGUGAGUAGAAUUUUUCAAGGCUUAUUUAUUAUUAAUCUGUGUGUAUGUAUCUUUUAAAUUCUAAACAUAAUUGAGUACAGUUCUGUUGCAUUUCGAUAAGCACAGUUGAUUUAAAACCAGAUUAGCCUGUGGGGUGUUGGUUUCUUUUUAACCCAGUAGUCAAGUUAAAUCAUGGCCUCACUUUAUCCAGGUCUUACAAAUAAUAUUUGGUAGGAUAUUAUUUGCAGUGUUUAGUAAGUUAGCGCUCACUCAGCUCCUUGAGACUUUCUCCUAGAUGUACAAUGCACACUAUGAGGUACACUGGUACAUAUUUCCCGAUGAUUUUUUUUAAAUUGUUUACACAUAUUAAGGUGCAGACAUGUUACCAUGCUCAUGGGCACUAAAUAGAACCAUUGAAUAUGUCACAAGCAAUUGAAAAACUUCGAUUUUCCCUUUACAAAUAUGAACAUUCUUCAUUUGAUAUAUACUAAUUGAAAAGUAUUUUUCCCCAUGUAAAUAAUAGCCCUUGAGACUUAAUCAGAUGUAUUUUGAAGUUUCAUUCAGUUCAAAACCACUAGUGCAAAUGUAGUUAUAGAAUAACAGCGGUCUAUGCACCAUUUCUGGUGUGGGCUUUUGGCAGAAAUAAUGUGGGAUUUGCACCUGAUCCAGUGCUGUGCACUUAACAGCUGCUCUGGCGUCCAGUGGAAUUUGUGUGUGCUUGUCCUUCAAGCACUGUCCCUGUAGGUGUCUCUUAUAUGCAUCUUCAUAAGCCAAAGCACCCAUUUAUUUAUUUUUAUACCAAUGUUUCACCUGUUUUAUAUAAAUGGUUCAUUAUUGUAUCUGAUAUUAUUAAAGUUGUCAUUACUGCAUCUGUUAUUGUUUAUGCCUGGCACUUUAAUGCACUGAAUACUCUCACAUUUGUCACUAUCGAGAGUCCUAUUUCUAUCAAAUGGUUUGAGUUUCUUGAUCACUUAUUUGCUAUGUGAAGUUUGAAUUCUCAAGUGUCAAUUCCAUUUUAAUUUGCAAAUGUAAUUUGUAAAUAGCUCACCCUAUACAAUCUUGCCACUUGUUAACAAUAAAGUAGAUAUGCUGGAUAAAACUGUAUGUUCUCUUUUAUGUUUCUGUAUUGUCAAGUGUAAGUUGUCUAAAAAGUAGCCUAGCAUUGUUUUGUUUAGUAUUGAGUUUGAAUCAUAUAAAUAAUUUGAAUUCCCAAGGUCCACAGGAAAUACACUAUGCUUGGGCCAUAUGUAAUGCCUGCUCCUAACAUUUGGGCCAUCUACUGUCUUCUUCUGUGAGUUGAGAGACAGCUGAAACACUGCAAGUAAAACUUUCAAAAGCAUGUACAUGAAUUUUAUUGAGAAUGAGGCUACCAGGUGUCUCAGUCCAUUUUGAAAAUGGGACUUACGCUGCUAAAUCACUAAGAACUUCUGAAAAUUGUAUCCUGAAUUUUAGUUAGUGUUUGUACAACUCUUGGAAGAUGUAAAGUUCUGUCUAACUGAGAAGAGGUAUCUUCAUAUUUAUAUACCUACUAUUGAGUAUGAUCAGUUUAUAUAGACCUUUUAGGCUUCUGUUUUGUUUUUUUUCUGACAAUAUAAAGGAGUUGUUUUAAUACACAGCCAAUCACUGAUACCUGUGUUGUAAAUGUAAAUCUCAUCUAUAUUCUGACCAUUAAGAUUAUAGAGUCCAUCCUUUUCAAUUUAUAUAUCUAAUCCAGACUAUUAGAUGUAAUCAACUAUUUGCAUAGCCAAACCCUGAUAUAGGUUUAUUCUUCCAUGCAAGAUAAAUGCAUUGCUUGGAUGUUUGUAAUUACAGCUACUGGCAGUGAAAUGAUUAAAUGUUGAGUUUCUAUACUAGAAGAACCUGAAGCUAUAUUUUUCCUGUGUGAGAUUCUUUGAUGUGAACAGAAGCUGUAAUUCAUAGGAUUUUUUUGUCCAGUCCAGCUAAAUUGAGACAGAGUUCCUCUUUUCUUCUUUAUUCCCCCCACACCCCUAAUUUCAAAGCUGCUCCAAUUGGCAUUUUUUUCUGGCCCCACCACACCCUCCUCAGGUCCUAUUUUUGCUGCAGAGAGAAGUAGAUACUUCCUCUUCUGUACUCUGGGUGAAACUCAUUUCUGUAUAGAGGGACCACAGAGGCCUAUGCACCAUUUAGAUCUACUGGAGCCCUAUUUUGAGGACAUAAGUUGUGCAUAGGCCAUGGAUGGAUGCUCUGCAUAAGGUGAAUUGCAUGCUGCCUGGGUGAGUAACUUGCAAAAGAUUCUUUUCCCUGGGGAAAUGAGUCUUUUAAAAAUUCUCCCCUAGGAAUUCUGCGUUUUUGGAAUUGAGUGCAAUGCUUUGGGGUAGGUUUUGCCAAGUGCUCCCCCUUGCCUCUAAACCAGUGAGUUUCAGCAGCUCCUCACCUGCUCUAGUAGCCUUUGGCUUACCUGUCUCAUGCUUUGUUGCAUAAGAGGUUGGGGGAACAACAGGGAUUUCAGUAAAGUGGAUUUAGCACCUGAACUUUGGCUUACCCUCCUUCAGGAUCACUAUCGUACUUCCAUUGUGAACCAGCCCUUAAUUUUGCUGAUGUGUGGUGGGGACAGCACCAGAGCAGCUUUUGAAACAACACUGCCACUGUUCCCUACCAUAAUUUGUGUCAUGCUACAAAGCCUGCAGGACAGUUCAGGUUAAGGGAAGGAAAAUGUUCUCACUGAGGCCCCGCAUAGACAAUUACUACACUGGCUUCUUUUUGUCCUGAGGACUUCAGAGAGGACCCUCACCUUGAGACCAAUUCCCUAUCUGACCAUUCAGUCCAUCACAAGAAGGACCCUAACCACAUACCCUUUUUGUGCUGACUAUGCUGCUCACCCAACCGCGCUAAAUUACUAAAACCCUCUUGUGACAAGACCACUUCUUGUCAUGCAUAGGUUUAGUUUAAAAAAAAAAAAACCCAAACCUGGUCAUCCAGAAGAAGCUGCUUCUGUCACCCUUUAAUCUUUGUCUUAGAAAUAGAAAUCUGGAAAUUGAUUUGUUAAGUGGUCUUUGCAAAAUUACCAUUUAUAGCCCAUUUACUGUGAAGCUGUUCAUUCUUGGGGGCUAGAGAAAGUUAUAAACUGAAAGUAAACAAGUCAAAGAAUGCAAGUCAUCGUGACAAGCAGCACUGGUGAAUAAGUGAAUAAUCUGCACCUGGAAAUAAGAUACAAACAGGCAGGACGUUUAUUAAGAAAAAUGGUCAGCAAACAAUUUUAUAGUUUCUCAAGUCAGAAUUAUGAUUCCCACCUGCUUGCAGACCCUUGUUAUAUUAAUUUUCAUGGAGUAAGUGGGCCCAGAGAGUCAAAGGUGCUAACGUGACCCUGCCGCUGUACAACACUAAACUGUUAAACAAGGUUUGAGGGUUCCAGUACAGAGACCUCAGCCUGCUUAGUCCCAUUGAAAAUACUCCAUUAAAAAUCUUCAUAACCUUUGAUUAAAGAUACAAACAAACAAACAAACAAACAAGGAAAGACAGUUCAAUCGUAAAUGUACAGUAUGAAGUAAGGCUUUCAUUUUAACUUAUCACUUUUUUUUUCUUGAGAGGUUUUUUUUUAAUAAGGGAAACUCCCCUGUUUGAGAAUCUUUUAGUGAUAUUUAAGAUGGUAAUAUCCUUUUUGAGGAAAAGAGAACAAGUUAAUUAAAAGGGGCUGGAGCUGCUGCUGCUGUUAAAGUCCAAUCCUGCUUCCUUUAAGACUAGACAAGACACACACAUCCACAAGGGGGGAGAAAAGAUAGAAAAUGCAGCUUCUGACUUUGGUGCUGAUUCUUACUUUCAGCUGUGCUGCUGCAGAAACACAGGCACAGUCCAAUCAGCCACCCCGAGACCUGGCAAACUUGUAUCAGCUCACAGCAUUCCCGUUAGUUGCCUCAUUGGUCACGGGGCUCGCAGCACUUCUGAAAGAAACGCUCUUGACCAGCUAAGCCAGGCUUUUAUUAAACAGAAGGUAAAAAAGAGAUGGAUAGGAAAGAGGGGAAAUAAGGUAGGGGAAGUAAAAGGAUACAUGAGGGAGGGAGUACUAGCAGGAACCAAAGUCUGAUAUCUCAGCUGAUGUUUAGAAAUUAACCCAUGCUGGUGGAGGUGGUGACGUAAUCGGUUUUCUUCUCUCUCUCUCUCUCUGGCGCUGGUCUCAGGAUCAGGAGACUGAAGGCUGAAUGGUGUCAUAGUGGCUCCUGGGAUCGCAGAAGAUGGUAAGGGUGACAACCAUGAUGGAGUGGCUGAUUCCUUUUUGUCCUGCUGUCCUCUGGCCUGUUUGAUCCUCUUUUUGAAACCUUUUUUAAGGACCCACAAAAAGGAGUGAUAGGUGGAAUAACCCAUCGCCUCAUUAUUUUGUCCACCAGUUACACCUAAUUUCUGGCACACCAAUUUUGGUCCAUUAAUUUCCAAUUCCAUUCUCUUCUUUGGGUGGUAUAAGUAGACCUUUUUGUUUGGACCUAUUCAGUCUUUCUGUCUUUAAAUUUGGCUAACUUUUAUAAACAAGUUUAUGUAA